ACAGGGUAUAAUCGAUUAGCCACCUACGCGCACAUGCACCUGUGCUUACAUUAACCUGCAAAAGCUGUUCCCCCCAGCAGAAAAGCUCAAACAGGCUUCGGCUCUAAGGGCUUUUAAGCUCCUGCUUAAGGGUUGCUGCCCACAGCUCUAGCUAUCUCCCUCCCUCUUGGUGCGUCUCGCCGUAUGCAGAGGCGUUUGCAUUGUCCUGUUGUCCCUGUUCAGCGCGAAUUGCCCUGCGUUGUUGUACCACAAGUAAAUUUAUCUUGGCCCCGAUAGAAAGGACGAAAUUCCUGCUGCCAAAUUUUGGACAAUGAGUGAGACGGCGGGCAAUGCCAGUGGAGUCGGUGCAGCUGGUGCUCCAGCUGCUGCAGCACUCCACUCCUUGGACAGCUACGAUGUGAUCUACGAUGCUGGACAGGAGCAUUCAGAUGAUAUGCAAAGCGUUUCACAUAUGGAUUGGCCAUUUUUGAUAAAGGGCAUCCUGGAGAACAGCCAGACAUGUGCGCCGACCACACCGGAGACUCUGCCCGCUCUGCUGUGGGCCAUCAUAGCCGUGUUUGGCAUCGUGUACGCCUUGCUCGGCUAUCGCUGCCUGCGCGCUGUUGGCUUCCUGAGCGGGUUGAUGGUGGGCGCCAACGGGAUAUUCAUACUGCAGGACUUCCAGAUCACCUGGCUGGGGAAGCCGGCUGACUCGGCGCUGGCCAUUGUGGCCGGACUCCUGGGCGCCGUGCUCGGCUCCACGUAUCCUGUCGCCUCGGUGCUGAUCAGCGCCUUUGCUGGCGCCCUGCUCUCCGGCGCUGCGAUGGCCGUCUGUGUGGCCACAAUGCCGGACAACGAGUUCGGGUAUCGCGAGAUCUAUGUGGCCGUGGUCGGUGGAGCCGUCAUCUGCUCGGUGCUGACGCUGUGCUGCGUCAAGUACGUGACGAUACUGACAUCGAGCAUUGUGGGCACGGCUAUGGUGAUCGGCGCCAUAGACUACUUCAUGCACAGCCUGGAGACAAUUAACUGGAUACUGAGCAUGAAGCCGCAUCCGCUGCCACCGCCUUGCUAUGGCGGUCUCUUGAUAACCGCGUGGCCCUUGACCAUUGUGAUCAGCAUCAUGGUGCAGUGCUUCAUCACCGCUUGGCGCGUGGAUCAUCGCAAGCGUCUCUACAUGCGACACCAUCCCCAGCAUCCGCAUGGCAAUCAUCAUCUGCCCCAUGGCCAGCCGGCAGCGGGCGCCGCGGGCGUCGGCAAUCCUCAUGUGCCGAUGCGUCGAUCGCAGUCGCGCACUCGCGAGACCCGCGAGGAGGCCAGGCAGCGCAAGUUCCGUUAUCUGUAUCAGGUGCGAACGGCACGCGGCGAUAUCAUCUCACAGAACUUUGUGUCGGCUCUGCAGAAGCGCAUUCAGCUAAGCGGCACGGAGACGCCGUCGGAGCGGUCCAUUAAGACCAGUUCCAAUGAGCGGAACACCUUCCGGAGCGAUCGCACUCACUUCACGACCAUCCACGAUCCGGAACUGUGCGACAAAAUCGAGAUCGUGCGCGACAUUGGAUAACAAACAAGCAAUAGCUACAUGUAACUAUAUCCGUAAGGGGGGACCGGAGUGUGGGGCGUGGCAGAUGGGACAUGGGUCGGGGGAAGGGAGCGAGACGAAGGCAGAAACUGGAGCAGAACUUACGGUUAGGGAUAGCUGAGACAUGUAGCUAAGAGGACGAAGGCAAAUUUUGAUCAAGACAAAACUCUGAAGAAGCUUUAACUAAAACAGAAGGAAAGAGA